CGUGUGAGUCAGUCGGAGUAGUCGCGGUGGACGGUGGGACUCCCACUUCUUCGUUCGUCUUCAUCCGUUGCCGACCGAAUCGUCCGUCCGUCCGUACGUCUCUCGAGAGCCCGUCUGCCCUCGGCCGAAUGUGUGCAUGAAUUUGGAUUGUGUUUCGAGCGAGUGCAGUGAUGUGGCUCGUGAACACCAUCCACCGGCUGCUGGUGCUCCUCUUCGUCAGCCCCAUGGUGCACGACCUGGUCGGCGCUGGGGGCCUCGUUGGCGCCGCUCGCGGCACCAAAAACACGCCUCUCAUUCAGGAGGAGCCCACCAGGAAGAGGACCCUCAUCUCCACAGAAUGCCAGUUCGGCAAGCAGCUUUAUGAACUGGGACAACAGUGGAAUGCAGAUCUGGGCCCGCCGUUUGGAGUGAUGUACUGCAUUCGCUGUACCUGCGUUCCUGUUCACAAGAAGAGACGAAUUGUGGCCCGCAGUCAAUGCAGGAACAUCAAAAACGAGUGUCCCGUGCCCAGUUGCGACGAGCCGGUCCUACUUCCCGGUCGGUGUUGCAAAGUUUGCGAAGCUGACCUUAUUCAUAGUCCCGACACAGCACAGGACAUCCAGCACCCCAGCGAGAUGGCCGAGGAGAGUGAGAAGAACCUCAAAGGUUUUGCAGCAAUUCUAACAGGACGCACGUCCCAGCGUGAACUGGACACGCGCGCCGUGGCGACAGCGCGAUUCAACUUCCACAAGAAGAACCUGUACUACUCUGUGGUGCACUCGCCGGACAUGCCUCGGCCUAAGGCCAUCCGCUUCCUUGGCGCCGAGGGGGCCAUCCUCGAAGAGCAGUUGCUGACCGAGAACACUUACCAAAACGUGACCGGCAAGUUGUGCGGCGUGUGGUGGCGCGUUCCCCGUUCUUACCGCCAAAUGCUGCGCGAAGAGAAAGUGCACAUCGCCCUGCUGACGGUGGCACCCCCGGCGCCAGGCAUCGUUGACGAGCCGCGGCACCUCGGCGGCCAGAUCGCCCGCUACAAGGGCCUCAACACGGAGCUCUUUUCGUCCUUGUUGGAGGCGGCCCCUGAGAACCCGGCGAGGGGCGUCGGUGGCACCGCCAUCAUCACAGCCUCCUCCAGUGCACCCAGCAUCCACCUCAGCGUUGUCUUUAACGGCGCCUUCUCUCCCGACGACGUCGCCGACGUUCCUCUCAUCGUCCGUCUUGCCUCCGACAAACACAUUGUCUUGGACGAGGUUGUCAGGAUCCACAAACCCAUCCACGAAUUGAACACGUUGGAAGUGCGCUCGGCAGUCAAGAAUGCAGAUUUGAAACUGCUGGCGCGCAGCAAAUUGCACCUGAGUGUCCAGUCGAAGCACCACCCCGAGUAUCGCCUUCAUGGUGACAUCUCCGUCCGCGUGAGCUGCGACAUUUUCCAGGCAACCCUGUCCUCGGUGGAGGCCGAUGACAGCUUUGGCAUGGACCUAGCCGAUUUGUCCUCCCCACACCCUGCGACGACGUCCGCAGCAGGUAUGUCCUGGAUGUACUUGGCGCGGGACGGCUCUCUCUUGUACAACGUGCGUCUCGACGAUCUCGACUCGCCUCUCACCGGUUUGCACCUGAUUGCUGGCAAGGGCCGCGGCCGUCGCCAGGACAUUGAGAAUCUGACGGACAGUUUCAGAAACGGCUGGGCCAAUGGCUCCGUCGACAGGUUGACGCCCAGAGAACUGGAGCAGUUGUACGGCGGCGAGCUGAGCGUCAGUGUCACCCUGGGUGACAAGGAGAACGUGGUCAAAGGGCGGCUCUCCAUGCACCCUGCCGCAGACCCUCGCCUGGUCGACGCGCCCCUGCUGCUGAAGAGACCGAAUCAGAAGACGCCUGCUGGCACCGUUGGAAUGGCCUGGGUGUCUGUUGACAAGGACUGCAGCUUACUAUACGAGAUUUCUCUCACUGGCUACGGCCUCGAACAACGAUUGUUAGAGCUUUACUUGGAGGACAUCCCAGUAAUGGCUUCGAACGCCCCAAUUUCCCGAAAGAAAAUCGUAGAAUUCUACGGUCCUCUUGUGGAAGGUUUUACGAUUGGUCUGAAAGACAUUGACUUGGCGCGACUCCACUCUGGAAUGUCUUUCUUGAAUGUGGUCGAUCAGAAGAGCAACACCUCCAUACUGCAGACGCAUAUAGAAUCGCUUCGCUUACCGCCUUCGUGCCUGCCACGCAUUUCAGACAAUGAUCUGCCACAAGACGAGGAUUCACCAAUGCAAGAACGCUCCUGCUUGUACGACGGCCGCUUCUACAAGGAGGGAGACCUCUGGAGGGCCAGCAGUGACAUGUGCUCUAUGUGCAACUGCAAAAAUGGGCGACCCUCGUGUGAGCCAAUUCCUUGUCCCGCCACCAACUGCCCAAAUCCAACCAAGAAAAAGGGCGACUGUUGUCCAUCGUGCUACAACAUGUCUAUUGCAUCUGACGAAUCCAAAGGAUGUCAGUUGGGUGGCUUAUUCCAUCACGCCGGGAGCACUUGGUACCCCUUUUUGCACCCCAAUGGAUUUGACAAGUGCACCUUAUGCACAUGUGAUGCAAACUCACUUCAGAUACGGUUUGACCGGCAGAGAUGUCCACCUUUGAACUGUCCCUUGAGUGAAGCGUACAAGCCAGCCAACUCUUGCUGUAAAGUGUGUCCACCAACAACAUCCCAUCCCUUGAUUCCUGCGACGGUCCAAGGGGACUACAGCCAGCCAAAGACGACGCAAGAUAUUCUCAACGAGGGUGGAUGCAUUUACAUCACAAAGAUCCCCUACAUGAAUGGCGAGGAGUGGCAUCCGAGGAUUGCAUCACACGGUGUAGAAAAGUGCAUCACGUGCCGCUGCAAGAAUGGGCAAGUGAAUUGCACUCGCAAGGACUGCUCGGCCUGUAGGCGAAAAAACUCUAAGGAGGACGAGUGCUGCAGGCAGUGUUUCCACCACCGCAAGCGAAUGUCUGGUGUCAACACGCGGAAGCAUAGGUAAAAAGCAGAAGAGAGUGCUCGCACCCACUCAAGACUGAUGGACUUAACAAGGAGGCUAUUUAUUGAUUAGAGACGCAGCAAAUACACUGUGAGCGAGAGAAACGCGUAUCAAAAGAAAAUUAAUUUUACGAUAUAUAACAAGUGCAGAUGACGAUAGUUGAGAAUCUUCAGUUACGCUUAUUAUUAUCCACCUCUAUUGUUUUCAUUUUACGAAUCUCACAAACACACAUACACACACCGCACCCAACCAGAGAAUUGACUAUAACUUAUUUUUAUACGUAUUGAUGAGAUGCUAUUACACACACUCGAUUGAUAGAAAUUUUGUGUUAGUUAUAAUAAUACUGUCUGCGCUAUGGCUGAGGUUGUGCCAUUUUCUUAUUUAAGUAUGUUUUAAUUGUUGAUAUAAAUUAAUGCAUUGAGUUGCAAUUUAUUAAUUUGUGCUAAUUAAUCUCCGCUUGACACGCGCAAGUGAUUUUCUCUGGAGAAGAAGCUACUUGCCAUAAAUCUUUGAAAAAGCAGGGAGAAGGAGCACAUUUUUUCAACGUUUUUCAAAAUUAGUUUCCAGUUUAUUGGGAAUUUUGUAUUAAUUUGCCCCAAAACUCCUGCAAUCCAAUUGGUGCUCAAGUAUUAACUUAAAAUUUUAGAGGGUUGCCAAGCUCUCUGCGUUGACUUUGAUCAUGUUAACUUAUUGAUUAAUAAUUGUACGAUGUGGCUGAUUUUGAACGUUUUUUUUAUAUCAAGAAUGAGAAAACCUGUACAUUUUGUCGCCCUUCUGCAGUUCUUGCUACUAUGAACGAGUCCUCAAUUGAUUUGUGUCGAUUUGUCUAUAAUUAUUUGUGUAUAUUUGUACCUGCUAAUCAUUUUACCAGGAAGAAAAUACCUGUGUGUCGUUGAAGGCCAAUCACGUUGUGCUAGUCAAGCCUUAUUAUCCAAUAUCUGGUGUUUUCUUUCGUGGCGACAGAGACGGCUCGAUUUGUAUUAAUUUAGAAGGUAUUAUUUUUUAUUCUCCCCAAUAAUUAGUCAGUUCACAAAACAUAAAACAUAUACCGCCGAAGAAAAAAAAAUGACAAAGAAUUAAAAGGCAUCUCAGCAAUCAGACAGCUGCAAAUAAAUGUAGAUCAUGACAUGAAUUGAAGUAGAUCACUGCUUGCGUGCAGCGCAAUUGCACAUAAUAUACCAACACACAUGCGUCGGAAGAACAGAAUACGACAAAAUGGUACACGCGAGUGAAUUACAUGAUGUGCAACAUAUUUUGCUGGAUGUUAAUAUUAUUAAUAAAGAUGUGUAUUAAUCAAGUUCUAGCACAAAGAGGGAAUUAUAUGAUAAUAAUAUUAUACUAUAAUGUAAUCCGAUGUAAUCUAUACAAUGUAUCCAUAAUAUGCUUGUAAGCAGAGAUAAAAAUGAUGAAAAACAUGGAUAGUCAACAAAAAAAAUCCAUCGUGUUUUUACUCCA